GCAACACAGAUCUUCGAAGCAUAGAAAGAAAACUUGUGCAAGCAGCAUACACAAUAAGGCAUUAGAAGUGAAACAUAUAGUUCAUCAUAUUCUUGCUACGAAUGCUUUUUGGAAAGUUUUAUGGACAUUUAACAAUUCAAUAGCCUAACCACUGUGAAGACAGUCAACACUCAACGCUUCUUCUAGUUCCUCAAAAGAAAACCUUAACUUCAAUCAAUGAAAAGGGAUCCCAUCGGAUGACAGCUUUUAGAUAAAUACACCAAAGCCUUGUUUUUGCGAAGGGAGAUCUUUUUGGAAGAUAAGCAAGAGAGACCCUGAAGGGAUGCCCUGUUUGUGAUAACUAUUUUUACCACCACCGUAACGCAGUAGUUACGUAGUAAAAAGUACGAAAAGACAUCCGAAGGAAAGAAAGUGAUGAUAAUGACCAAGUGAAAGAUGUAACGAUUUGCAGUACACAACAACUGUAUGCUGCGAAACAUCUGUGGGUGUUUCAAUUGGAAAGCGGUUUAUCGACUAUCGGAGACCAUUACCAGUAACACCUUAAUAUUCAGCACUUUCUUACAAGAACAGCUCCUUCGCAUUGACAGCAGCAUUUAACUUAUUCACCAUAAACAACGAUUCGCUGUAAGAACUGAACUGCAAGUUGUGCAAGUAUACACACUUGGAUAUAAAGGCUAGGAGAUACUGUUUAUUCUCACUAUUCGUUCUAGUAUUUCCUUUAAAAUAGGUCGCAGUUACUUUAACAUGACCAUGGAGGAGCUCUUAAAUAACUUGUCGUUUUCUGGCAAUUCCUCCUUCCCUUUAAACUUCACAGAUGAAACGGUGCCGGAUGGCCGGGGAACUGUUGAUUUUAUUAUACGGUGCGUUAUACCCUCUGUCUACAUUCUCAUCAUUACCGUGGGAUUACUGGGUAACAUAACCUUGGUAAAGAUCUUCAUCACCAACAGCGCGAUGAGAAGCGUGCCCAAUAUUUUUAUUUCCAGUUUGGCUGCUGGAGACCUUCUGCUUUUGGUAACUUGUGUACCAAUAGACGCGUUCAGAUACUUUUUCGAUGAGUGGAUCUUCGGGACCAUGGCGUGCAAGUUGAUCCCCGUGAUUCAACUCACUUCAGUGGGAGUCUCCGUUUUUACUCUUACCGCUCUAAGCGCUGAUAGGUAUAAAGCAAUAGUUAACCCCAUGGACAUCCAAACAUCGAGUGCAGUGCUCUGGACCUGUUUGAAGGCCAUCACCAUAUGGAUCAUAUCUGUGCUGCUGGCUGUACCAGAAGCCAUCUUCUCCCAAGUGGUGCAUAUUAAAGACAAGAAUAUCACCUUCACAGCCUGCGUCCCCUAUCCUCUCUCCGAUGAAAUGCACCCCAAAAUCCACUCUAUUAUGAUUUUUAUGGUUUAUUUCCUUAUCCCUCUUGCCAUUAUCAGUAUCUACUAUUACCACAUUGCAAGGACAUUGAUCAAGAGUGCACAUGACAUGCCAGGAGAAUUCAGUGAGCACUCUAAAAGACAGAUGGAAACAAGAAAGCGUCUUGCCAAAAUUGUCCUGGUGUUCGUGGGUCUUUUUGCCCUGUGCUGGUUCCCCAAUCACGUUCUCUACAUGUACCGCUCCUUCAACUACAGAGAGAUCGAUUCCUCCGUGGCCCACCUGAUUAUCACACUGUUGGCUCGAGUGCUGAGCUUCUGCAACUCCUGUGUCAACCCUUUCGCUCUCUACCUGCUCAGUGAGAGCUUCCGGAGACACUUCAACAGCCAUCUGUGCUGCAGGAGGAAGAGGUAUCGGGAGCGAGCCACGAGCUACUUACAGAGCACUUCUGCCAUCAGAAUGACUUCAAUUAAGAAAAACACCCCCACCACCACGACUCUCCUGAAUGGACACAGUCUCAAACGGGAAGUAUCGCUGUGAAUGGCAGGUGGGGGAUGUGAAUGCCAGAGUUUGUAGGCACCAGCUAUUAAGUUUUGAAGGCUGGUUAUGCUCAUGGUCGUACAAUGUUUUUUUUUCAGAAAGAUAAAGCAUCAUGGUACACUUUUAAGAAGAAAAUGUUCAUUUUAUUCUUUUUUUUUGGACAAAGGAUUGUAGAAAUCUGACUCUGGCCUGGGGUCAUUACUCCUGACCUGGCUUGAGAGAAUUGUAAACACCUGCUGUUGUAUGCGACAUCUCAGAAAUAGCUGCGAGGUGGGAUAACAUCAUCAAGAAUAGCCACUAGGCCAUAAGGGGAAUGUUCAUUCAAAAACUCCCAUUCAUGGUAAUAGCAAACAGUGAACAUGGCGGGACUUGGACUAUAAAACCCUCUGUAACACUGUUGCAGUUCAGGGCGCUGUGGAAAUACACCUUGUGUGUGUCUCCUUCAGUGUUCUAUGGAAAUGGCCAUUUUCUUUACAAUUAAACUUAUCUCAAACCUUCACUGGACUGUGCUGUGAAUCCUUGCAUCCCUAUAGGAUAAUGUCAAUUUUAAUUUUAAUGGCUUGAAAACUUAACAUACUUUUAAGUGACUGUGAAGCAGCACCAUAAACUAAAUGGAGAUUUGCGUAAUCAGAGAGAAAGUGAAGUAAAUUUGGAAAAGAGAGGAAAAUCAAUGUUCAAUUAAGUCAAAUGCAAUUGGAUACAUUUAGACCUGUGGGGCUAUGGUGAAAAAUAUAAAAUGUUUAUAAAGAAUGAAAAGGAAAGGGAAAAUCAUGAAGAAAGUUUAGCUUGUAAAGAAAAGAAAGUGAUUUCACAUUGAAAAUUCUCUGUUGGAUUUUUUUAAGUAUAAGAAUAAAGAACCUAGAAAUAAGCCUAAACAGAAACUUAGAGCACCAUUUGUUUUUUCCACAUCAUCAGUCAAAGCAACACUCCACCACAUGUUGGUUAGCAUUCAUAUCACUCUGCAGCCUCUUAUGUUCCCUGCCUCCUCUUUUUGUGUGGGAGAGCCAAUGGAAUAUAUUGAAUUGAAUGCCUUGUGCUUCCCGAUAUUUGUACUGCAUUACAUAUCACCAGCAACAGCCAGCAAUAGCCAGCAGCCAUAUCACCCUGCAACUCACAACUGGCAACCCACUGAA